GAUGGAUUCAAUUAUGUUUACAUCAUGGCCGCCGUGAUUUCUUCCAUGGGCUCGUAUGUGGAAUGUGUUUUGUGUUUGAGUUGUAAACAACAUGAUGAGAUGAUAUAACAGGUUAACAAAAUGGACAAGUAUGAAACUAUCAAGCGUCUUGGCUCAGGGUCAUGUGGUGCGGUGUACCUGGUCAGACAUAAGGAUACAAAAAGGAUGUUUGCUUUAAAGAAGAUCGACCUGGAUGAAAGGAGAAAAGCACGAACAAGAGAUGCAGUUAUAAAGGAGGCCAGAAUUCUGGAGAAACUAAAGCACCCACACAUUGUUGCCUUUCAAGAGAGCUUCUGUGAUGAAAUAGAAGAAUGUCUUGUCAUAAUACAGGACUAUUGUGAUGGUGGUACAAUUGAGGAUAAGAUCCAAGAUGCAACAAAGGACAAUAAAUUUUUUCAAGAAAAGCAGAUCAUGGAGUGGUUCCUGCAGAUUGUGAUGGGCGUACAGUAUUUCCAUUCCAAGAAGAUUCUACACAGAGACUUGAAAACGGAGAAUAUUUUUCUGACAAAGAAAAAUGUAGUAAAGAUAGGUGAUUUUGGAAUCUCCAAGACAUUAGACAGUACUAUUGAUGUAGCCAAAACAGUUGUUGGGACGCCAACAUAUCUUAGUCCAGAGGUGUGCCAGGAUAUCCCAUACAACUCCAAGUCAGACAUCUGGGCUCUGGGCUGUAUCCUGUACGAGCUGUGUGCUCUCUGUACUCCGUUUGAUGCCCCAAACAUCCUCAGUCUCUUCUACAAGAUUGUUAAGGCAGAAUUUGUGCCUCCUCCGUCACGGUACUCUCAGCAGCUGCGGGACUUGGUGAAGUCACUACUGGCGAAGACACCAGAGGACAGACCCAGUGCCAGUGCCAUCCUCAACUUGCCGUACGUGCAGACCCAUCUGGGACACUUCAUCCAGGAGAAGGAGACACUGUUCCAGCAGAGGAGUGUCCGUGACACUUUAGGCCAGUCGCUGCUUGCUGAUAGCCUGGUCAACAAGGACAAGCUCUUGUGUCCACCCAGUGACAAGUCCUCCAGUGGACCAAGUCCUAGAGUCAGUAGGAGGGCAACAGAAAGUCAGAAAUCCCCGUCUCACCAACCAGAAGCACCUCUCAGUUACAGACCUGGUAACAAGCUAGAAGGAGAAGAUAAGGCAGAAUAUUCAGAUGAUUUUGAUGAGUCAUCAUCUUCUGAAAUUGAAGAAGACAUACAAGAGCUUCCUGAGGCCAAGGAUGGCAGUGAAUCUGAUGCUGAUUAUGCUGAUGACUUUGAGGAAUAUGAUUCCAGUGAGGAUCUGGAGGAGCUGGUUCACCAGGCCAGAGAGGCGCGGGACGUGGAGGCGUGUGACGACUAUUUUGAGGAAAGCAUGAACAGUAAUACUUUAAGUGAGGCAUCGCUGCUGAAGAAACAUUACCUGGAGGAUCUAGGGGGAGGCCAAUUAGGGGAUGUGACGGCCAUGAUGGAGGACAAACAGACAGACAACCCAGACUGAGCACAAGGGAGGCGUCAUUGUACAGACAUGCUACUGCAAUACAUAGACUAACAUUC